AUAGAAGUUUCAUUAUUCGAUGAUAUGAUCGAAUUAUUAUCUCCGAAAUUGGACAAUUUAAAAGAAUUAUAUUAUCAUGGUAAAUCUUGUCAUGGUUUGCCUUUAAAAAGUUGUUAUAGUAAUAUUCCAAUGCACUUUUAUUCAAAACUUGACAAUAUUCGUAGUAUAAACUUACUUUGCAGCGACAUCGUUGAAGCAAUUUUAUUAUCAAAAUUCAUUCCUUUGCAAAAUAGGUUGCAACACUUCAUCUUGUCAGAUUAUCAUUCGGCUGCGAAUUCUAACAAUGGUGAAUACAAUAUCGUAAUCAAUUCAUUAUCUGCUCAAAAGGAUAGUUUACAAGUAUUAGAGUUAAGAAAUGUAUCCUUCAAAAAUGUAGAUGGAAAAGCCAUCGAAUUACUGGGACUACUCAAAAAUAUUAGAAAGCUGAAGCUAUUUUGGUGUCGUCAAUUUAAUAUUAAAUUGAAUGCUUGGACAAGGAAUUUACCAAAGAUUGAAGAAUUUGAAUUUAUUGGAUUCUAUAUUGAGGAUAUGUCAAUUAGCUUUAUAAUUAAAUUAAUUCAAUCCGCUUCACUUACGUUGACUCGAUUAGUUAUAGAUUAUGACAGGGUGGAUGCCUUUGAUUACAAUGUUACUCAAAUAUACGACCAAAUUCCACUUUACUUGCACUCAUUAACUCAUUUAACCCUUACUCAAAUCCGUCAAACAGAGUUGGUCCCUAUAUUUACUUCAUGUAUUAAACUAGUUUACCUUAGUAUUAUCCCUAUUGGAAAAAUUGAAGGUUACCUUGAGAAUGUAAUUCCAAAAAGGUUACAAAUCAUGCAGUUUAGAAAGGUUGAUUUUAUAAAUAUUGAAACUUUGGAGCCUUCCUUGAAGAAGUGUGUAAAUGAUGGCGGUAAAUUGAAGUAUUUAGAAAUUAAAGGAAGAUGCAACGUGAGUCAAGAGUGUUUUGAUCUAGUUGGAAAACUUG